GACCUGCGUUUUGCCGCUUGGCUGAUAGUGUGAUAAAAAGUGGCGUAUGGAGUGGGGUUAUUAUGAUUAGAUAACAGCAAUGCAGACUUUGUUGUCCGAGAGCAUGUCAGUUUAUGGAAAGCUGUUUUCUUAGUGGGGGUACGGAAAGAAUGUCAGUGUUUCUCUUUGUUAUAGACCGGAGAGACUGUUUAUUUUACAUGAGCAAAUUAAGUUAAAGAGACUGCAUGAUCGAUUUCCAUAGCAAUCAUUCUUUUAAUUUCUUCAUCACUUGUUUAUCUUGACAAACAUUGACGUUCUAUAAUUAUAUAAGACUAAAAUGACAUCCUUCCUCUGCCAAAAAAUUACAUUUUGGGGAUUCGGUGCCUUAUUUUUGAUACUAGGAGGUAUAGCGAGUGGAAUAUGGCCUAUUUUAUUCAAUGAAAAAUUGAGAACUAAACUAGCUCUCUCUAAAGACUCCGAAAGUUUUAGCCUAUGGAGAGAAACACCAAUACCAAUGUAUAUAGAUUUUUAUAUGUUUCACUGGACGAAUCCAGAAGAAACGCUUACGAAAAAUGCAGUUCCUAAUUUUGUAGAAAAAGGUCCAUAUGUGUUUAGAGAAGAACAUCAAAAAGUUAUUCUUGGUUGGAAUGGCAACGGCACUGUUACAUUUAAACAAAUUCGUAAAUGGAUGUUUGAACCAGAUCUUUCGUCAGGAUCGCUUUCCGAUAAAAUUACAAAUGUGAAUGUGAUAGCUAUGACUAUUGGUAAUUAUGUUAAAAAAUACAUUGGUUAUGCUCCUUUAAUAAAUAAGAUAAUCAAUGCAUUUUUAAAAAAUCUUGAAACAAAAGUAUAUACUACAGCCACUGUCGGUGAACUACUUUUCACUGGUUACGAUGAUCCGUUUUUAAAACUUGCUCAUGAAUUAUCUUAUAUCAUUAAGAAAAAACUUCCCAUGGAUAAAUUUGGAUGGUUUUAUAACCGAAAUAUGUCAGCUGACUUUGAUGGAGUUUUUAACAUGAUGACAGGUGAGAAAAGUUUGGACGAUCUUGGAAUCUUAAAAACAUGGAAUUAUCAAAGUAGAACAAGUUAUUUUCCGGGAGAUUGUGGUGUUGUGGACGGAACUACUGGCGAAUUGUGGCCUUUAGAUUCUCCUCAGAAAGCGAAAGCUACAAUAUUUGCUACCGAUUUGUGCAGUAAAAUUGUUUUGGACUGGGAAGAUGAAACAACUAUACAUGGAGCUUCAGGUGCCGUUUUCCAGGGAAAGAGUAGUGUCUUUGAUAACGCUACAUCAUGCUACUGCAUAGACACGUGUCAUCCAACUGGCGUACGAGAGAUCUCUACUUGCCGUUUUGGUGCACCAGCAUUCAUUUCAUUUCCUCAUUUCUAUCAAGCUGAUCCCGUCUUCAGAAAAAUGGUAUCGGGGAUGGAACCAUCUGAAAAGAAUCAUACCUUUGAUCUUACACUUCAUCAGAUUACAGGAAUUCCUCUUGGUGUCAAUGCAAGACUUCAAAUAAAUGUUUUAGUUGAUAAAAUAAGAGGAAUAGACUUCUAUGAGCAUCUUCCAAGAGCUUAUAUGCCAAUGAUUUGGUUCAAUCAAAGAGCUGCAAUCACGCCAGACCUCGCUAAGCAGCUCUCUGACAUACAAAUAUUUGGAUAUUUAGAACCGUGUUUUUUUGCCGUCGCUGGUCUCGGUGCCGUUCUUCUCAUCAUUGGUCUCUUUUUAUGGUCAAAUGGAAAAUGGAAAUCUUCGACAAUGGCUAGACCAUUACUACAAGAUCCGGCAACUUAGUAAUUUUAUCAUUUAAGUUUUAGCAAAAGCACUUUUUUGUAUUAUGAAUUUUGUACAAUAGCAGAGCACUCUUCCAAUUUAAAAUAUUUAAUAUUUAUCACUGUGAUUCACAAUUAGGCUGGGUUUUUAUUUAUUGGUAUUACUAUUCAUAAAUUAUGAUAUUCCAGCUUGGUUCAUAAUUUUAUUCUGAUAUAAUUCAAUUAAUAUUAUAUAUAUAUAUAUUUUUUUUUUUCAUGUUUAUUCACUUUAAUUUUUUAUGAUAAUAAUGAAUCUCUGAAACAUGAUUGCAGCUAAUCGUAUUUAGUUAAAUUUGUACCAAAUACAUUACAGAUUCAUCUUUUCCUUAGCCCGAAACUUCCAUUGGGAAAUCAUUAUAAAACUUAUAUUUUGUGAGUAUUUUCGAAAAAUAAAAAUAAUACUUUCAAAAAAUUACCAAGCCUGUAGUUAACAUUUUCAAUCAUGAAUAAAAGUUUGUUCAAAGUGAUUGAAGUUUUAUCAGAUUAGAGAAGAUACUAAAAAAUCUGAUUGAAUUUAUAGUCAUUAAUUUUAAACUAAAAUUUCAAUUGAAUAAAAAAAUAGUUAGAUAAAAAUUUAUUCGAAUAAAUAUUUAAAGAACUGAAUAACUGCAAAAACUUUAGACCACCAAUACUUUCAGAAGGCUUAGAUUCAUGUUGAAUAUUAAUUUCUAAUUAAAAUUUACAAAAAAAAAUUAGGUUUGAAAAUAUUAAUGUUCUUUUCAUUAACUUUUGAUAUUAUUUAGUUAAGAAUUGACAUUAGUGCUAUUCAUUACUGACAUAGCACACAUUGUUUUUUGUUAUAUUUUUCUUGUUGAAAACUUAAUGGUUGACCAUUGUAUAUUUUAGAGGAAGGAGAUCUUCCGGGAUAAAAUAGUUUUUCCACUAUUUUAGUCUCUUUAGCAACCCCGAACCAUCUCCUUCCUCUUAAUUUUUCUUGCCAUCAUGUAAUGUUUAAGUAAUUUUAUAUUGUAAUAUAAAAGGUGUUCCUUAAGGGUUAUUUUAUUUGUUAUAAUGUAUACGAAAUUUCUCAUUCAUAAUUUUUGUUUUGUUUUUUAUAAUAAACAAGGCUAGUAUUUAAUAAGGUUAUGAAGACCAUCAGUUUCAUUAGUUAACAUAAUUAUAAAAAAAUAAAUCAACUGAUGAUAUUAGUAUUAUUUAUUUUUAGUGAUAUUAUUUUUAAAAAAAUAGUGUAAUAUUUAUAAAGGAAUGCCUAUUUUAGUCUCAUGGUUUUUCUUUUUAUUCUUGAUGAAAAAGUAAAAAUAACAAAAAAUUGAACCAUUUAAAUUAAAUUCACUUCAUAUUCUUUUCUUAAAUUCUCCUUCCAUUUUCAUUUUCAACUUUCUUAAAUAAUAAGUUUAUCCAUUGAAAUUAAAUUUAAAAAACAUUAUUCAUGAAGUUUUCAUUGAAAGUAUGUUGAGUAUAAAAAUACAAAUGAAUAUUAUAUCGGGAUAAAGCAAUAUUAAUCUUAAAGCAACAAUUGAUGUACAAAUACAAUAUCUUUAGCUUUUAAGUUAUUCUUAUCAUUAUUUUUUUUUUUUACUGGAAUGCUGAUCGAAUGGUACCUGAAAGUAAUUAAUAAUUUUGUUUUGUUACCAAGUUUGCUUAUGUACUUUACGUAUUAAUACAUAAAAACAAAAUGUGAAUGUGAAGCAGUUAAUAUUUUCGUUACAAUUUCAUAUAAUAGCUACAAGAGAAUAGCUUUGUGAUAAAUUACUAAUCAAGCAACAGUGCCUUGUAUUUUAUGAAAGAAAAACGUUCACGGUAACAUAAUUUUCGAAAUUUUUAAAUAAUAAAGCCGACAAUGAAAUAUAUGUUGUAACUAGAGUUUUACAUUAUUGUUUAGUAUAGUUUUAAUAUUUUAUCAGCUUCCAUUACAUGGUCAAUAUCAAAUUCCAUUAAUCUAUUGAUCAUCUGAGGGUUAUAUUAUAACAAUAAUAUUGAUUGUGUAAUGGAAGGGGUUUAAAAGAAGCAUCAUUUCCUUCCAGCGAAAUUUAAAAAAAAUAUUAUACGUAUGUAGUAGGUACUUAAAAUUACCUUAAUGGAAGUGAUAAAUUUUGAUGCUGUGAUCUUCUUGUCUUAGUUUUUAAUAUCUUUUUAAAAAGGUCUUCAAUUUUCUUACAUAUAUCCAGAUGAAAAAUUAAACAUUAAUUUUUAAGUAGUUUGAUCAUUUUUUUUUUUUUUUAUCACUCCUCGUGCCAUUUCUGAUGGUGGUGUUCUAAUUCAAUACAGGUUUCACUAUUCUCACAGAACUAAUUUGUUUCAAAAAUAUUUUUAUUUCUAUUUAUGAUUUAUUAUACAUAAUCCUAAUUAAAAAAAUA